GUGAUCAAGCGUUAUAGAGUCGCGAAGCACUAGAUCUCCGGGACCAUACCAAUUCAACCCCAAACUCCACACAUACACUCUUCUCUCUCUCUCUCUCUCUCUCUCUCUGCAUUUCUCGCUUCUCCCUUCCACUUUCACAACAACACAAUACACUCUGUCAGAGACUACACUUGGAAGAAGAAGAAGAUGAUUCGGAUCAUCCAUGUGUAGUACGGUUUGUAUAAUGUUGGUGUAGAUCGAGGUUGAACAUGGCGAAUUUUCUAGCUCAGUUCCAGACAAUCAAGAAUUCCUGUGAUCACCUCGUCAUUGCUGUUGAAGAUGUGAGUGAUUUAUGGCCCACUGUGAAGACUGGUUUUGAGGAGCGUUUUCCAUUGAAAAGAGCCUGCUUGAACAAUAAGACCCGGAAUCCUGUGUUUGUGGAGAAUUUGCCUGCCGAAUUCAUUUUAACAACAGAUGCGAGACUUCGCAGCCGGUUUCCGCAGGAGCAAUACUUAUUUUGGUUUCGAGAACCAUAUGCAACUGUUGUCCUUGUCACUUGUGAGGGCCUUGAUGAGUUCAAAACCAUCUUGAAACCACGCCUGAAAUUAAUCGUCCAAAAUGAUGAACGGGAAUGGUUUAUUGUUUAUGUCUCUAAGGCUCAUCCAAGUAAUGAUCAGGCUACCAAAAUGGCAAAAAAAGUAUAUGCUAGACUUGAAGUUGAUUUUAGCUCAAAGAAAAGAGAAAGGUGCUGCAAAUAUGAUUUACAUUCCCCUGAAGCAAAUUUUUGGGAAGACUUAGAAUCUAAGAUUGUGGAAUCUAUUAGAAAUACCUUGGACAAGCGUGUACAGUUUUACGAGGAUGAGAUACGCAAACUCAGUGAACAACGACUCAUGCCAGUGUGGAACUUCUGCAAUUUUUUUAUUCUGAAGGAAAGCUUGGCUUUUAUAUUUGAGAUUGCUCAUCUUCAUGAAGACGCUCUACGUGAAUAUGAUGAACUUGAAAUUUGCUAUUUAGAAACAGUUAGUAUACCUGGAAAACAAAGGGACUUUGGAGGAGUAGACCAUGGUGAUGAUCAGGCAUCACUGCUUAAUCCUGGGAGAAAGCCACUAACACAGAUUGUCCAGGAUGACUCAUUUAGGGAAUUUGAAUUUAGACAAUAUCUUUUUGCUUGUCAAUCAAAGCUUUUGUUCAAGCUGGGUCGCCCCUUUGAGGUUGCGGCAAGGGGUUUCGCAUUCAUUAUUAGUUUCUCAAAGGCCCUGACCCAGCAUGAGAAUAUUCUACCUUUUUGUAUGCGUGAAGUAUGGGUAAUAUCUGCUUGCAUGGAUUUGAUCAGCUCAACUGCCUCACAUUAUAACGAAGGAGUAGUGGCAGCUGAUAUAGAAAAGGAGUUCUACAGACUUCAGGGUGACCUUUAUUCACUAUGCAGGGUUAAGUUCAUGAGACUUGCAUAUUUGAUUGGAUUCGGAACAAAUAUAGAAAGAAGCCCUGUCAACAGUGCAUCACUUAGUAUGCUACCUUGGCCCAAACCAGCAGUAUGGCCUUUACUUCCACCUGAUGCAUCAUCCAAAGUGUUGGUAAAAGAAAAGAUGAUUCUUCAAGAAACUCCACUAGUCAAGCACUUUGGUAUUCAGAGGAAACCAUUGCCUCUUGAACCUUCUUUUCUUCUACGUGAGGCUAAUCGACGAAGAGCUUCUCUGUCUGUUGGAAAUAUGUUUGAAAUAUCAGGUUCAGAUUCAAUUUCAAAGAUGUCCCCAACAAAUAAAUUACAUACAAGCUCCAUGACACGUACUAAUUCUUCUCCGGGAAUGGACAGCUCAAUUGAUAGACCUAUGAGACUUGCAGAAAUUUAUGUUGCUGCUGAACAUGCUUUGCACAAUACUAUUUCCAAUACUGAGUUGUGGAAGUCCUUCUCAUCUGUUGAAGAUUUUGAGCAAAAAUACUUGGACCUAACAAAGGGUGCUGCAGACAAUUACCACCGAUCUUGGUGGAAAAGACAUGGAGUUGUUCUUGAUGGUGAAAUAGCAGCUGUUUGUUUUAAGCAUGGGAACUUUGAUCUAGCUGCAAAAUCAUAUGAGAAGGUUUGUGCCCUUUAUGCUGGUGAAGGAUGGCAGGAUCUAUUAGCAGAGGUCCUGCCCAAUUUAGCAGAGUGUCAAAAGAUACUGGAUGACGAAGCUGGUUACCUAUCAUCUUGUGUGAGAUUACUUUCACUAGAUAAAAGCUUGUUUUUAACCAAAGAACGCCAAGCAUUUCAGUCAGAGGUUGUUCGUCUUGCUCAUAGUGAAAUGAAACAACCUGUGCCUCUAGAUGUAUCUUCAUUGAUUACAUUCUCUGGGAAUCCUGGGCCUCCAAUUGAAUUAUGCGAUGGGGAUCCUGGCAUUCUCUCUGUAACCGUUUGGAGUGGCUUUCCUGAAGAUAUAACUCUUGACUCACUUAGUUUGACACUGAUGGCUACUUUUAAUGCUGAUGAGGGUGUUAAGGCACUCAAAAGCUCAAGUGCCAUUGUACUAAAACCUGGUCGGAACACAAUUACCUUAGAUUUACCGCCCCAAAAGCCAGGUUCCUAUGUCUUGGGUGUUCUUACUGGGCAGAUUGGGCACUUAAGAUUCAGAUCUCACAGCUUUUCAAAGGGAGGCCCUGCAGACACUGAUGAUUUUUUGAGUUAUGAAAAGCCUACAAGACCAAUCUUGAAGGUUUUCAAACCAAGACCGUUGGUUGAUCUUGCUGCAGCUGUUUCAUCUGCUUUGCUUAUAAAUGAGUCACAGUGGGUUGGGAUUAUAGUGAGGCCCAUUAACUACUCCCUGAAAGAUGCUGUAUUGCAUAUCGAUACUGGUCCUGGCCUUAGAAUUGAAGAGUCGCAUGUAAUUGAGAUGGAAAGCUAUGCAGAUUCAUCUAAGGGUUCCACCGAAAAGAAAAGUGACAGUGCUUUGGAAAAUGGUUCUACUGUCAGUAGAAAAUAUGAGCAGUUGACACUCCAUGAUGGUAGAAUAGAGUUUCCGGAUUGGGCAAGCAAUAUAGCGUCAAUUUUGUGGAUUCCUGUCCGCGCUAUCAGUGACAAGCUGGCAAGAGGAUCCUCUUCAGCUAUUCCCCAGAGAACGAGCAUUGUAGAUGGCAUGAGGACUAUUGCCCUAAAACUUGAAUUCGGAAUAUCUCAUAACCAAACAUUUGACAGGACUCUCGCUGUGCAUUUCACUGAUCCUUUCCAUGUGAGCAUGCGAGUUGCUGAUAAAUGCAAUGACGGUACUUUGCUUCUGCAGAUUUUUUUACAUUCUGAAGUAAAAGCCACACUGACAGUCUACGAUGCUUGGCUUGAUCUGCAAGAUGGAUUUGUCCAUGCUGGACAACGUGAUGGGAGACCGGCCUCUGGCUUCUUUCCACUUGUCCUUUCUCCGAAUGCCAGAGCUGGAAUCUUGUUUAUUAUAUGCUUAGGGAAGAUAGUACCUGAGGAUGAAGUUAAGGAUCUACAAUCAGAGAGUAUACUGAACAUAAAAUAUGGAAUUUCUGGUGAUAGAAAUUUGGGAGCACAUGCUCCUUCUGGUACAAUGACUUCUGCACCAGAGGAUGCUAAACAGGAAUUAGUUUUCCGGAGUGCUCUUGUUUUGCAGAGGCCUGUCCUUGACCCGUGUUUAGCUGUUGGAUUUCUUCCUCUCCCUGGCCUUAGAGUUGGGCAGCUUGUUACCAUGAAAUGGAGAGUUGAAAGGUUAAAAGAUUUGCAGAAUGAAGUUUUGCAGCAGCGUGAUGAAGUUUUAUACGAAGUCAAUGCAAAUAAAGAAAAUUGGAUGAUUGCUGGAAGGAAAAGAGGGCAUGUAUCUUUAUCUGAAAAACAAGGUUCAAGGCUAGAAAUCUCUAUAUUAUGUGUGCCCUUGGUGGCGGGUUAUGUACGACCCCCUCAACUUGGGUUACCGGAUGUUGAUGAGGCAAAUAUAAGCUGUAAUCCACCCAGUCCCCAUCUCGUCUGUGUAUUACCUCCAGCUCUCAGCUCCUCCUUCUGCAUACCAGCUUGAUUGCUCAUACAGCUCAGUAUUUCUCCAUUGUUGUCAGGCUAUUUUAUUUUUCCACUCCCUGAUCGAGCAAUUUUUUUUUUUUUUUUUUUGUUUUGUUAAAGUAAAAGAUUAAUGGCAGAGGUAUAGAUUUUUGUUCCCCAUUUCAACAGCCAAAAAUGUGUAAAUCCAAAAUCCGUGUUUUUCUUUCUUCAUUUAUUUUCUUCACAAUCCCAAAUCUUACAAAAUUUUAGCUGAAUUUUGUUUUGCUUAGGUAGGUUUCAGAGUGUUAGUACUGAACGUUACUGUAUAGCAACACUUUUCGUUUUCCUUUGUACAACAACAUUAUUAAAAACUCGGCCAUAAUCAUCAAUUUUUUGGCUUAUUGUAAAACAAGACAUCGGUUCUGGAACAAUAUUUGAUUUGGUCAAGUUACUUUUUUUA